CACACACACACACACACACACACGCUCGCGCGCCCUCCCCAGCUCGCGCACUCUUACUCUCACUAAACGGACUCAGAGAGGAGAGAGACAGUCGGUAUCUCGCGCGCACUGUUCUCCGUUCUGGCGGGUGCAAUGCUGCAUUUCCGUGUCCCCGCCCUUGCUGCGUUGGCACUGCUGCUUAUUCAAGUCACCGUUGUGGUGGUGUUUAUUGGCUGGCAUGGCCACAUAACUUUGCCCCCUUCUGAUUCCGCAACUGCCUCCAGGGGUAAAGUUCAUGUGCUGCUCCUGUCGUCGUGGCGAUCGGGCUCAUCAUUCAUGGGCCAGGUGUUUAACCAGCACCCGUCCGUGUUUUACCUGAUGGAGCCGGCGUGGCACGUGUGGGGGUGGCUUCAGCACCCGAGUGCUCGCAGCCUACGCAUGGCGGUGAGGGACCUGAUGCACCGCGUCUUCCUGUGCGACCUCAGCGUGUUUGACGCCUACAUGCCCGUCCAGUACAACGUCUCGCACUUGUUCAUGUGGAGCCACAGCCGGGCGCUGUGUUCCCCGCCCACAUGUGCCUCUGAGCUUGCCAAAAACACCACGCUGUCGGUCUCUAUGUGUGAGAAGCACUGCACCUUGGCCACCAUGGAGCGGGCGGAGAAGGCGUGCCACACCUACAGCCACGUGGUACUAAAGGAGGUGCGUUUCUUCGAGCUGGAGUCUCUGUACCCUCUGCUGCGUGACCCGUCGGUCGAUCUGCGCAUCCUGCACCUGGUGCGUGACCCCCGCGCCGUGUUCCGGUCCCGCGAUCAGGCGGUGAUGGCUUUAGAGAAAGACACGUCCAUCGUCCUGGAUGGGAAUACAGACGCAUCGAAAACACCGCAGCGCAUCAUACAGGAGAUCUGCAGGAGCCACAUCCGGAUCUACGACACGGCGGUACGUAAAGCGCCGGACUUCCUGCGAGGACGCUACAAACUGGUGCGCUACGAGGACGUGGUGCGCAACCCUCUGUCUGAGAUCCAACGCAUGUACGACUUUGUGGGACUGGAGAUGACCGAGCCGCUGCAGGAAUGGAUCCACCAAAUCACACACGGCAAAGGCCAAGGGAAACGCAGCGAGGCCUUCGAAAUCACCGAGCGCAACGCCUCAGAAGUCUCGCAGGCCUGGAGGAACAGUUUAACCUUUAAAAAGGUCCAGCAGGUCCAGGAGGUCUGCAAGAGCGCCAUGGCGCUCCUGGGCUACCGGCUGCUCAACAGCGAGGAAGAGCAGAAGGAGCUGAACAUCGACCUGACGCGGAUUGAGAAGUACAGCUUCAUGUGGGAUUUAUCCAAAAAAAAUUCGAAAGCUAAAAAGAACUAGAUGAAUCGAAUCAGACUGCAGUUCAUCCUUCCAUAUUUAUUACUGCUGGUGUGAAAAAAACACAUUCACUCUGUAUGCAAAAGCAAAAAAACCUUAGUGUCAGUCCACAUUGUUACCUUCUCAGAAUCCGUCUGGGUCUUUACAAACCGUCCCCUAGCUGCUCUAAUGCAAAGUGUAAAUUCAAACACAACUGUACUUAAUUCAGGAUCAAAUUAUACAUUCAAGGUGUGUGUGUGUGUGUGUGUGUUUGGCUUCUGAUGUAAAAAUGCUGCUUCAUGAUUUAUUCGCCAUUUUGUGUAUUUUUUCUGUUUUGUGCCUUUAUAUAGAGAAUUGUGGGCGUCGCCAACCGUGAUUUCAGCAUUUAUCAACUCACACACACAAAGCAAAUCAGUGUUUACCCAAGCGUGUGUGAAAUUUAUUUUUGGAACUUUAAGUCACUCUCACACACACACACACACACACACACAUAUAUUUACAAAAUACACAGUGUAAAAGUGAAAGUGAAUCUUCAUGAAAUUGUUACAGAGAUUUCAAUUAAAAAUAUUAUUAAAUUGUUAAAUAGUAUUGUAGCCACGCCCCUUUCCAUAACAGGCACAAUAACUGUAUUGUCGCCACCCCUUUUUUCCUAACAUAUAUCAUACCUGUGUCGUAGCCACAUCCCUUUCUUUAAUGAGCACAGUAACUGUAUUGUAGCCACGCCUCUUUCCCUAACGGGCACAAUAACUUAAUUGUAGCCACGCCCCUUUUUUAAUGGGCAAAAAACUAUCCAGAGCGACGUAUAAAAGUGCUUUGAGUCUCUAUCAGUGAAUAAAUCUACACUGUACACCAGAUUACAAACUUAAUAUAAAUAUAACUCUUGAAUUCUACAAAGCAAACUUGGAAAGUGCUAAUGCUAAUUGGUACAAUAACUGUAAUGUAGCCACGCCCUUUCCCUAACAUGCAUUGUAACUGUAUCGUAGCCACUCCUUUUCUUCUAACCUAUAUCACAAUGGUAUCGUAAUCACGCCCCUUUCCAUAAGCUAUAUAAUACCAUAGCCAUGACCCUUUUCCCAAAACGGUAUCAUACCUGUAUUGUAGACACGCCCCUUUCCAUAACCACACCCCUUUUCAUUUUCAUGCCUUUAUCAGGUUCUUUGUUUUUGUUCUCCCUUUUUUAUGUCCCUGCCUCUAUUAAUAGCCCCACCUCUGUUCCAACUUCUGCCUGGACAUCCCUUUGUUUUCUGAUCACACCUUCUUCUCCUGACCACACCUUCUUUCUCUGACCACACCUCCUACUACCUGACCACACCUCCUACCACCUGACCACACCUUCUCCUGAUCACACCUCCUUCCCCUGACCACACCUCCUUCUCCUGACCACACCUUCUCCUCUGAACACACCCCCUACCAACUGACCACACCCCUUCCCCAGACCACACCCCUUUUCCUGACCACACCUUCUUCCCUGACUACACAUCCUUCCCCUGCUAUUUUUUCCUGCUUAAAUCCCAUAUAUGGCUGAUUUUUUCUUUCUCCACCUCUUAUCCCUGUUUCCACCCCAUUUCUAUAUCCUGCCCCGGUCACUUUUUCUGAUUUGUCCUUGACCACACCACUUUCUUUUUUUAAUAUUUUCAAUAAUCAUAACUCUUCCUGACCACACCCCUUUUCAUAUUAUCACCAAUCAGCAUAUCCACGUCAUCUCUCUGUGUGAUUAUCUCAUUAUAUUGUUGUUAGCGUCGGGUUAGAUGUUUCUCCUUAGCAAUUUUGAAACGUCCUUUACAGAGUCAAGGUCACAGCAAGGUCAAACAUUUGAAUUGACCUCCAUAACUUCCUGUCUGAAGUGUGUUUCAAAGGUAUUUUAGAGGAAAACGUUAUUAAUAUGGAGGACAUGAUGUGUUCACACUGGUGUACAGCAAAAUAAUAAAAAACCAGGAAAAUAAGAAUAUGUUCAUAUUUACACUCAGUUUAUGAGAACAAUUAAAUAACAGUUUGUGUGUGUGUGUGUGUGUGUGUGUAUGUGUGUGUGAGUGUAAUUGUGUGUGUGUGUGUGUGUGUGUGUGUGUGUGUGUGUGUGUGUGUGUGUAUUGAAUCAGUUCAUGGUGUUGAAGGUUCUGUGAUUGAAAAAUGGUGAUGUAAAUGUGAUAAUUUAUUAUAAAGUGAUUGGGUCUCAGUGAUUAUUAACAAACAUCUGGUUUAAGGUACACAAACAACUGAAAAUGAAUGAAUAAAUAAAUAAAUAAAUAUCAGAUGUUGACA